GUGGCAAAUUCACAAAUGUUAAGUCACCUUCUUUUUAAUUACACAGUGGAUGGAAAAUGGGGCCGCUGGACCAAAUGGAGUGCGUGCUCAAAAACCUGUGGAGGGUACGGAAAACGUACGAGGGAUCGGCAAUGUGACAGCCCUCCUCCAGCGCAUGGAGGAAGAGAUUGCAUAGGCAGUAAUAUGGGCAUGGUUUACUGUAACACGUACAUACCUUGUCAAGUGACCUGCAAUGUUCCUCUUGACUUUGCCAUCAUCGUAGAUACAUCGGGUAGCAUUUCAAGAAGGAAUUUCAAACUUCUGUUGCGCUUUAUUCGUAGCCUUGUAAACAGUUUUCAAGUGUCGGAAGAUCACACGCACAUUGCAAUUAUCGAAUAUAGUACCGGAGCUUCAGUGCAACUCAGAUUCAAUGACUUACCAGGAAGUAAACUUACAAAGAACAAUGUAUAUGAAAUAGUGAAAAGGAUUCCACACAAACGAGGCAAAACCUAUAUCGACAGAGCGUUACGUCUGGCAAACGAUGAAGUGUUCACUUUGAAGGGUGGAAUGAGAGAUGAUGUGAGAAAGGUCGCUCUUGUGAUGACUGACGGUGCACAAACAGAGGAAACGAACGCUAAAAAGUCAGUCGACGAGAUCCUCGCCGAAGCUUCGCAACCUCUUAAAGACAAAAAGGUCCACAUUAUUUCACUUGGAAUCGGAAAACGAGUCAACAAAUUAAGUUUGAAAACCAUCGCAACCGGAGACAGUGUCUAUUAUGCAGAAUCAUUUAAUGCACUCAGACAACUGGUAAAACAAUUGAGAAAGGGAUCCUGCACUGGUAAGAGAAUACGGUGUAGAAACUGUUACAAAUAGGCCCCCUGAACUGUCCUCUGAUCUAUUUGGCAUCUUAGGUGGUUGGAAUGAAGUAUUGCUACAAAAUAAGAGCAGUAUAAGUUCAAUUUAGUCCCAACUUCACACAAGAAACCCAUUCAAAUAGGCUACUUAUUUUGUUAUGUGCAUUUUCACUUAA